AUGGACUUGAAGACAAUUUUCGGCUUUGUGGCGGCAAUUCUCGCCGUUCCAGUUGCCGAACAGGACAAAGCAGCUGCCCAGGAGGCUCAGGAAUCGGAUCUGCAGCGCGUGAAGCGAGGUUUUCACCACCAGCCAGAGGGAGUGUGGAAGAAGAAGCUCGUGUGGAAGGAGGAUUGGGUGCAGAUCUGGCGAACGGAGAAGAAGCAGGCGUGGAAGCAGGAGUGGAAGAAGAUCCAGGUGCCGAUUUGGAAGAGUAUCGAAGUGCCCAUCUGGAAGGAGAUCCAAGUGCCUGACUGGAAGAUCCACAAGGUCCCUGCCUGGAAGGAAAUCCAGGUGCCCAUCUGGAAGGAAGAGAAGGUGCCGGACUGGAAGAAGGUGACGAAGCCAGUGUGGCGCGAAAUUCAAGUGCCCGUGUGGAAGGAGAUUCAGGUGCCGGAUUGGAAGCAAAUCUGGGUGCCAGAGUGGGUCAAAAUGGGAAUUCCUGGCGAGAAGUACCUUGGCAAGGAUCACGAGGGCUGGGAGUACACUAGUCACGAUCUGUGGCGCAAGAAGCUGGUCUGGAAACCACAGUGGAAGAAGAUCUGGCGCACGGAGAAGAAGCAAGAGUGGGUGCCCGAGAAGAAGCUGGAGUGGAAGGAAGAGUGGGUGCAAAUCUGGCGGCCGGUGAAAAAGCAAGUGUGGAUCACUGAGAAGAAGCAAAUCUGGAAGGAGGAGAAAGUGCAGAUCUGGCGGACAGAGAAGAAGCAGGAGUGGGUGACGGAAAAGAAGCAGUUCUGGAAAGACGAAUGGAAGUCCAUUCAAGUGCCAAUUUGGAAGGAGAUCCAGGUGCCCGCCUGGAAGAAGGUGUGGAAGCCCGUGUGGGAGAAAGUGUGGGUGCCCAUCAGCCACGGUCAUAGCCACGGCUGGGACUAG